AUGACGGCAUCAUUGAAGAUCUUUAAAGGCCUGCAUAUUUUAUUGAUACAAUCACCUCAGUUCGCUGAGUCGGAAAUCACUUCUGUUGUGGAGCAACUAGUGGGACACGGAGCUGCGAAGACAACUGUGUGGGGAGGUACCGAUGACGAGAAGGCAUCGACGAAGGAAUGGAUACGUGAUAACUUCAGGGCGAACAUUCACUGCAUAAUUGCCGCGGAUAUUGACUUCCCUUUUUACAGAUCAGCGGCCUUCGACCUGAUGGUGCCGGUUGUCACUCCUAACUGGUGCAGUGCAUGCGUGAAGAACGGGCGGCUCAUGAGGACCACAGGCUUCUCACCAGACCCCGAGCAUUUUCUAAAGGAAUGCUACAUUUAUAUAUCCAAGCAUGCGCUGUCUACGGCGGAGUACGAGCUGUUCAGCGCGAUGAUCAGCUUCAUGGGAGGAUGUUGCAUGGACUUCCUGUCGACGAAGGUGACGCAUAUUAUAACCACAGAUCCAAGAGAUCCAGCUACGCUUGCACUAGAGCGGUUUGGGAAGCUCUCUGUUCACUCGGUGACUCCCACCUGGAUUGCAGAGUGCUUUGCCUGCAAGCAGAUAGUUUCAACUACGCCAUACAUACUGGAUAAAGCAAUGGAGGAAAGUUCUGUUCGCAGUUGCAUGGUAGAUAAUUGGUUCAUUGAUGAUAAAGACUGGAGUUGGACCUCCUCCAUAUUUCUCGGGCACACGUUCUAUUUGUCGAUGGAACUGCCGUUGAAGACAAGCUGCUACAAGUUUCUAAUCCAGUUAAUUAGCGCAAUGGGCGGCCAGAUAGCUCGCUAUGUUGACUUUGAAGAUAUAUCACCUGACAGAGCGGAUUCGUUCAUUGAUCUGGACUUGUCUAAGGACUGCGUCUAUGCCAGGGGGAAAGGCCUACAUUGUGGUAACAUGGCUUGGCUCUUCUAUAUGCUCUCCAUGCAGCAGUUCAUCGCCCCGACGGCUAAGCUUGUGCUCUCGCCGAGGUAUCCGAAAUUGUUUACCGAGAAGGAGCUUGUACUGGCAUUUACGAAUUAUCUUGGACAACAAAGAUAUUAUAUCCAACGACUCGUCGAUCUGCUCGGAGGAAGCAGUACAACUGAACUAUCGCGGAAAAAUACGCAUCUGAUCUCCCUGUUCCCGCACGGGAAAAAACAUGAAACUGCAUUGAAAUGGAACUCCUGUAUUGUAGUUAACCAUCUAUGGCUUGAGCAGUGCUAUAAACUUCGUAAAAAGCUGGAUCCCAAUGCGCCAGAAUUCACACGAAUACCGGUUCCAGAUGAAUUAUCUAACGCUAUUGGUCAAAUGGCACUCGAAACAACCGCUAGGAAUAUGGUGUCUCCACGAAAAGCCGUGUCCCCGGACAUUGUAAUGCAUAAUAGCCAAACGGAUGUAGCGCUGGUGGUUUCUACUACGGAUAUUGACUUGAAGGAUAAUAAUGAAUCUACUAACGACACAUCUGUGGUACAUGAACCUGGCAAAGUAAUGAAUUCGGAUGAUUUAACUGCAGUUCAUAGCACUAAGACAAGACAGGAAGACGCCAAUGAAAUGUUUUCUGCACUGGAUGAAGCCGUCAGUAAAGGAAAGAAAUCAUGCUUGCCUAAAAAGCAUAUUGCAGCUAGCGUAGCAGCAUCGACUUCGAACGAGAUAUCUGCCAGCGCAAAAUCGAACAAAGACUCUAGUGAUGUUCAAGCUACUAAACAACUCCCCGCUACUCCAACUAGUAAUCCCCGUCAGACAAAGCCAAAAAGUACUUCAGGAACUCAAAAUGACACUGCAUCGUCCCAAAAGAAUACUAGACGAAAGAAUGCAGACGACUCGCCUUCCUCAGAGUCCAGCAAAACGAAGAAACGGAAAACGACGGUGGUGGACGCGAAACAGUUGGUUUCGCCUUAUCUGGAAGAAUACUCUGAUACGACUGGUGGAAGACUCCCCUACGACAUUAAGGCCGUUUUCACCAACUGCCAUGAAAAUAUAACUGACCUAGACAAGGAAAUCUUACGCCAGCUAGGCAUUAUUCUUCAAGAAGAGAUCGAAGAGGACACUAAUUGUAUUAUCGGACCAAAAAAGGCACGGACAGCAAAGUUCCUAACCAGUUUCAGCUUCCAUCCUUUGAAGUAUGCCCUUCUUCCAAAAUUUAUCACCGAAAUACUGUCGCUCGUCCAUUCAGGCCGAAAUGAGCCCAUAUCACUACCGUUAGAGCAAUAUUAUAUACCCGAUAUUGAUGCAGACGUUAUAGCCAAGACAGAGCUACCUACGAAGCUCUUUGAGAGAAGCGGCCUACAAGCGGUUAAUUUGUCUGAAGAUAUACCAGGAGGAGUAGAAGUCAUAUCGUCAAUCCUCAAAGCACAUGGGAUGGUGCAGAUAAAUGGCCUCCCAAAGAAGUUCAAAGCGAAGGACAUUGCGAAAAAUACGGUAGAUAACGGCAGUCCCGAUUUUGUACUUGUAGCGACCAAAGCUUCCGCAGCCAAGAAGUUUUCGAAAUUAUGCGAGGAAGUUGAUAGAAACGCUAAGGUGCUCAUAGUCGAAUGGAACUGGUGCGUUAAAGCUAUCUUCAGUCUUGAGGUCGACUAUAACGACCCCGAAUUCGUCAUCUCCAAAACUGGUUUCGCAUAG